UCCCAUUUAACCUAUGAAUUUUUUCGAAAUCACGGAAAAAUGUCCUACACAAAUUUAUUAUUAAAAAAUAGUUUAAAUUUUUACUUAAAACCAUCAUGUACAUUAUUAAUAACAUCCCGAAAUGGUCAUCGACUUCGUGGCAAACCACCAGGUGUUGCCAAAACAAUUGAACAAAGAUUACAAGAGGAUAAUCCAAUUGAUCCAGAAAUUGCGGAAAAAAUCAACAUUGGUUUUCCAAAAUUAAGAAAACCACGUUCAGAAGAACUAAAAGAACGUCUUGCUCAUUUAAAAGCCCAAAGAAGCAGUUCACAGCUGGAGAAAAUAGCACGAAGAAAUAAUUUAAGCAUUGAUUUGGACAAGGUCUAUGAAGAAUACAAGAAUACUACUGGUCAAUUUGAUCUCAAGAGAAUAGCUGAUCAUUAUAAUGUAUUUAAAGAUUUAUUUGGCGAUGCCUAUUUUGUUCCAAGAGUUGCUUUAGAUAUCAAGUAUGAAAUAAGUGAUGAUACACUUGUUCCCGUGUACAAUGGAAAUAUUGUUAAACCAUUGGAAGCAGCAAAAGCUCCACUUGUUAGUUUUGAUGGAGUUUCAGAUCCAAUUACUGGAGAGAAAUCGAAGAAGGAUUCUUACUGGACUUUGAUUGCCACAAAUCCAGAUGGUCAUUUUACUUCAAGUGACUCAGAGUAUGUUCAUUGGUUUGUUUCCAACAUACCCAAUGGAGACGUUGCAAAGGGUGAAACUUUAGUUGAAUACAUGCAACCAAUUCCUCCAAAAGGAAUUGGCUACCAACGCUACAUCUUCGUUCUAUAUAAACAAAAUUCAAAACUAGACUUUAGUGGAUACAAAAUAAACAAGAACAAUGACCUGGAACAACGUACAUUCAAAACCCUUGACUUUUACAAAAAGUACCAAGAUGAAAUAACCCCAGCGGGACUUGCAUUCUUCCAAAGUGAUUGGGAUAAGGGAAUCACUGAUUUCUAUCACAAUGUUCUAAAUUUAAAAGAACCUAUCUUUGAAUAUGAAUUCCCCAAAGCAUACCUACAGGAUCAGAAGUGGUUCCCUCUGAAACAACCAUUCAAUUUGUACCUUGAUAAACACCGAGACAUUAAACAAGUAAACAAAGAAUAUUUAGAGAAGAAACUAGCAAAGUCACAUCCAUUCAAAGGAACAGAACCACCAUUAAAAUUCCCUAACGCACAUCCUAUUAAGAAUGUACCAUCGUGGUUGAGAACAGAAAUUAGAAAAGAACGCUUGAGUUUGGGCAGAAUUAAUGAUUACAAAUAAAUUUGUCUUGUUACUAAA